AGUAGAACAGCGCCAUCAAGUGACCAGUUUAAGAACACUGUCAGUAAACACAUAGAGACACCAGAAAGCAACUUUUCUGGUCUGUGAAAAUUAUUGAUGCUCUGGACCAGGUAUCUGAUUUCAUUAUAUUGAUCCUUCAACUAAGUGGAAUCAAUAAGGAAAAUUUUAAACAUAGUUCCUUAACUGAUAUGUCUACAAGUUGCUCAUCUAAAAAAAUGAGCCUUAAACCAAGGAUAUGAGAGACCACCCUCUGUCUCUGGCUUUUAGAAAUAUUGUUCUAAAAUGCUGUUCUAAAGGUCUUCAGGCAUCAUGGAUCUGUUCAAACUGGCAAACUGGCCCAAUGUGAAAGAAACCUUCAUUGCGUUGCCUAGGCAUUCUGCACAGCAAUUACAGAUAAACAUGAGACAACAUAGGCCUGCAUAUGGUUACCAAAUAGUACAGUAAAGGGCAAAGGAGAUACCGUAAUCCUAUGGCACACUUAGUGGCACAUGUUGCUGUGGACGAGGAUGCAAAAUAUCACUACACUUUUGUGAUACGGUGGAGGGUCCCUGCAGACAACUAGAAGGAUUUGAACGUUGUAAGUGUACAGAAGAAACGAAUAAAAAGACGGCCAGUGCCUACAUUCUUCCUCCGCUCGCCGCCAUUGUGACCACGAUUGAUUAAUGUUGUUUUGGUCCCUAAUGAAAGUUUACUCUCAUUAUUAUCCAAAAAAGACUCUUGUUUGUUCUUAGACUGGAGUCCUUUAAUGCCAUUAAGGCAGGGACAGACAUUUCCUGUCUAAUGAAUGGGUGCUCUUUUUAUGCACACAGCUUUCUCUUCCUGAUAAUAAUAAGCUACCCCAAUUCAUAUGCCACAAAAGACAAGAUAGAUUUCAUUUUCAACAAAUUGUUGAAAAUACACAGUAUGAAUACAGUGUAAUGUAUGUAUUAUGUACAUCAUAGUUGUACCGUAGCUUGCACUGAUACUUAUGCAUUGGACCAUUUUUUGCAACAUAAUCCUGGGUUGGAAACUUUGUUCACAGAUAUUUUGCUGAUCAGUGCGAAAUACUGUAUGUAGGCUAUUACAUUACAUUAAUUUAGCGACACUUAUUGCAAUCUCGGUAGAUUUACAUUAAUACUAAAUCUCUAAUUACAUUUUCGGAUAUUUUUUAGAUACACUCACAGUACCAUGAAUCCAUAAACUGUCUCUGCAGCUAAAAAUUCUCCCUGCAGAACUCCUGACCAUGUCUAAUUUUGACCAGUCAAUCAGUUUCAGUUAUAUAUACUGUAGGAAAGUCCUCGUGCUAUUGGUUUGGGACUUCCAAUCGUCCCAAUGGACAGCCAUCGACAGCCAAUAAGCCACUUUCAGACAUGACAUCCAGACAAUAUAAUGAUGGGACAACCACCUCUUUUACGUAAGUCGGUUCAAUCAGACAGUGGUUGGUUGGCCUACCGAGUUAAUAGAUUCGGUCACUGCAUGGUUUGCGUGCCCGCGGAGGGAUUUAUGAUGUGUAGGCUGUUUGUAUGUGAUAUAAUAGCCUACUUUCCCCAGUAAUGUAGCCUAUGAAUUUCCAUGUACACAAUCAUGUAAGAUGCUGAGAAACUAGACACCCGUUUGAUUACAUUAGACUCAUGCAGUAGCCACGGUUAUGGUCUCACUCAGAAGCCUAUUGCCGGUCUCCUCGUAAUCAGCCUACAGGCAAAAUUCACUUCUAAACAUAACUUAACAUAGCCUAAAGAUAAGUGUGUGAUGUACUUUCCCAUUGAUAAUGUGUGAAUUGCCAUGAACACAAGCAUCUAAGAUGCACUAGAAACAAGGCUUGGUUAAUAACUCAAACUUGCCGAGAACCAAGACACUGCUUGAUUACAUUAGACUUGAGCGGUAGCCGUGGUUACAUUCGGUCUCGUUCAGUAGGCCAUAGUGCUGGUCUCCUCAUGGCAGCCUACCAUGGAGCCUACAGUCAACAUUCACUUUUAAACAUUUAUUUACUGUAACAUAACUGCCAAGAUAACAUAUGUGUAUUUGUAUUAGGCCCGGAUCUCACGUGGACUCCAGUGUUCAAACAUGACCCUCACGCAUGAACAUGGCCUGGAGCAAUGAGGGCCUUAAGAGUCCCAUCCCGCCGAUGCAGUUCCCUGCGUUUGAGCCUGUCUCCCCGGGGCCGCCCAGCCACGACGCAGACUCUUCUCAGGUGACCAAACGCCACAGAAAGCUCUUGAAGACCAACCCUGUGAUGCGAUCCCAGGGCAAAGCUUCCUUCCUUCCUCCUUCAUCCUCCUCCGACUCCUCUUCCUCCUCCUCCGCUGAUCCUUCCUCCAGCCAGAGCAGCUUGGAGACCUCCCGUGUCCUGGAGGCGCGGCGCCGCUGGGUCAGAGAGGUGUGCGCCAAGUACAAGACCAAGAUCCCGCAGAACAUCACGCCACAGCGAGUCUCCCGCAUAUUUGUGGAAGACAAGCAUAAGAUCCUGUACUGUGAGGUGCCCAAGGCGGGCUGCUCCAACUGGAAACGGGUCCUGAUGGUCCUAGCAGGCAUCGCUAACAAUGUCACAGGGAUCAAGCACAACGCCGUCCACUACGGCAACCACAUCCGGCAACUGGACAGCUACAACCGGGAAGGGAUUGCUUACCGCCUACGGAACUACACCAAAGUGCUGUUUGUGAGGGAGCCCCUGGAGAGACUGGUCUCGGCCUACCGGGACAAGUUUGAGAGCCCCAACAAUUACUACCACCCGGUGUUUGGACGGCCAAUCAUCAACCGUUACCGUGUCAACGCCUCCAAGGAGGCUCUGCGCACCGGCAGCGGCGUGACGUUCCCCGAAUUCAUGCAGUACCUGCUGGAUGUGCACAAGCCCGUGGGCAUGGACAUCCACUGGACGCCUGCCAACCACUUGUGCCACCCCUGCCUGGUGGACUAUGACUUUAUCGGGAAGUUCGAGACCAUGGGGGAGGAGGUCAACUUCGUGCUCCACCGGAUAGGGGCACCAGCAAACCUCACCUUCCCCACCUUCAAGGACAGGAACCCCUCAGCGGAGAGAACUUCCUUAAAAAUAAUGCAGCGGUACUUUGCACAGCUCAAUGCCGCUGACUUGCAACGAGUCUAUGACUUCUACUAUAUGGACUACCAAAUGUUUAAUUACUCUAAGCCCUUCCAUGAGUUGUACUAAAAGUAUUGUCCAUUACUUAAUCCUUUCCCUGUCAGAUCUACAUACCCUCUCCUAACUAUUUCUCUGACAUUAUGUCAUUUUAAGCUGCAAGGAGCAGUGUUACGCAACACUGUCAAUUCAAACUACGCAAACUACAAGAGUAAGACUAACUAACAAUAACUAACCAAUUGCUGUCUUCACACUCUGAUGGAGAGAUGUCGAGACUGCUGCUUAAAUCUCACCAGGUCUAAAACAUGAUCUCUCUUCCCAUCUCUUGUCCUCUCUUCAGUUCCCACUUAAGGUAGAACCUCUUACCAUUUAGACACAUGCAGCCAGAAUGACACAAUUCAGUUGAUACCCUGCUACUCCAAAGAAACUGAAAGGGGACCGUAAGGACCCCCGAGAGGCAGCUCACAGAGCUGGCCUGGAUCCGAUGAAUACCGAGUCGGUUGGCCUGUGGGGAAUUUUAGGAGUAAACAUAUCCCCAAUCCAUCACCCCCCACACCACCACCACACAUAGUGUAGGUAAUCCACCAUUGUACCCUUUAGCAAAUACACACCUGGGAAAAAAAACACUGUCACAAAGCCUUUACUGACAACUAUUUUGGUGAAAAAGGGCAUUCAGAAAACUAUAUAUAUUAUAUUCUAUUUUUAUAUGUAUUUCUAUGAUGGGUUAAUGGGGAUGAUGGUUUUGAGCUUAAUCAAAUCUUUGUAUGAGUGUAUGUAUGUUUGUGAGGUUGUGUGUGUAUUUCUUGUUUUCCUCACUAAACAUUUCAUUAAUUUGAAGUUUCACUUUAAAUGUACUCUGACCUGACCGUUCGCUCAUUCAGUUGUUGACCUAUUCUCUUUCCCUUGAUUCAAUGUCCCUGUAAAGCGAUGGUAGGACAUGCUGGUUUCGGACAGUACGCCUCCCAGUCAGACCACAGUGGGCCACCACUUACAUCACCUCGGAAAGAUAGAGGUAGAUAGAGAGGAUAGACAAAGACAUACACAAAUAGACAAGGAGACCUCAGCGUACCAUGGCUGCAGCUUUAUCAAUUCAUUAGAGGACGUGAGUGCAUGAGUGAAAGAGUGUGAGGAAGACAGUGGUGGCAGGAAACAGUGAGAAAAUGAGAAGAGUGAUCAAAAGAGAAGAGGAUGAUGGAGAGAGAGAAAAAAAGAGAAUCCCUCACAGCAGGUUUUAUUCUAAUCUUACCUAUCCAAGUCGUCUACAUGGCUGUGGUGAUCUGCUUUCAUCCCUCUCUGCUUCUUAAAUCACCCGAGAGAGAGAGAGAUAGGACGACAGGCAGACAGUGAGAGUAUGAGAGAGAGAGAGAGAGAGAGAGAUAGGACGACAGGCAGACAGUGAGAGUAUGAGAGAGAGAGAGAGAGAUAGGACGACAGGCAGACAGAGAGAGUAUGAGAGAGAGAGAGAGAGGACGACAGGCAGAUAGAGAGAGUAUGAGAAAGAGAGAGAGAGAGAGAGAGAGAGAGAGAGGCCCAGCUGGCCAACAGCCCAGACAUGAGAGAAGCUCUCCACGUUCAGAACGAAGGACUUUGAGCUUUGUGCGUCUCAACAGUCUUUGGCUUGUGGCACAUGAUCCGGUGCGAGGGCUCUCCUCUACAGCACGAGAUCAGAGCCAAGAGCUCAGAGCAGGCUGAGGCAGACCGGAGCGCUGACGUGCUAACACCACUGCCAGCAUCGCCCUCCGACAAUCCACUACUGCAGUGUACAUACAUACUGUAUGCUAUCACCAUAUUUGUUGAUGCUGCAGCUGGAAUAUAGUUAUUUCUUAAUCCCCCACGUGUGUAGUCUGGAAAACAGUAUUAAGUACUUGAGGAAAAGGCCAGUUUGAGAAUGUAUUUAAUGCUGUAAACAAGUAACAAGUUGUGGCUGCAGUCUAUUGGUAGACCAAAGGAAAGGACACAGCUUCCAAAACUAUCACGUUUGAUAAUUCACUAGUAGCAUAGUUUAGCACAGUGCUAGGUUUAGCAGGAAUCUAUUUUCCUAACCAGUUGCAGUUCAGUCUGAUCCAGCCAUCCUUUGUCUGUCUAGUCCAAAAUCCACCAUUUGUUGCUAUCCCACAAUCACCUGCCACCAGGCCAGGAAGAUAAACUUGUAUUCUUUGAAUGUAACUCGGUAACAAAAUGGUUGUACUAUAGUAGACUUCUGUGAAUUCUGUUGAUACGUAUCAACAAGACGUAUCAUGCAAACACUAUCUUGUUGAGAUACUAAGGGGUCAAUGUCAAAUAAGCCUAAUCAGUUGUUUAGCAAAGAUUUGAAUUGCAGUGUAAGACACAAAAACGUAAUGACUUUGCAUGAACAGAGUUGCCAGUUUGUGUCUUGCUCAAAAUCAGGUGAUUUGGCAGUUCCAAAAGUUAGGUCUUAAUGUGAUAUCACCCCCUUUUUCUGCAUCUGUAAGUUCUUGAAGUUGUGCCAGUACACGUCAGACAGUCUACAGACGUGUUAUUCACUAAUGUGCAGGGCACAUGUACGUGCAGGGCACACAAGUAGCACUAUUUAUUUUCUACAUUACCAAGGACAAACAAAUGCACAUUAUCUACAUUCUAUUUUCCGUUAUUUUCAUAUUUAAGUAUAUUUUUGAAUGAGAGAGAGUAAAUAUAUAAUAAAGUACAUAUAAUGAAGGAAUAUAUUACAGAGACAAAUACAGUAUAUAUCAGAUUCUAGUGAUGUAGUGUGUUGGCUUUGCCACCCCCCUUCCCCCUUCAGAAAAAAAAAGUCUGAGGAUUCUGUGGAGCGCCGGGUUUUUGGCUUAAAUCUUUGGGUUGGGUGUUGCAUAAAUCUACAUAAAUGCUAAUCCCCUACCUGCGUUCUCGUUUGUGGGGUUGUUUUGGGAGUAACUGUCAAUGCACUAAAGAUAUAUCAAAACUAUGUAAGGUAACAAGUGAAUGUAUUAUCUAUCGUAGGUGCAAAAGUGUACAAAGUCAUGGUCUCAAGCCCUUUGCCUUAUUUGACACUGCCAAUCAAAAAGUGUAUAUCAGGAAGACCUUUUUCAGGUGGCUGGUUUAUUUCUGCUGGGUGUCUAUGAAUAAAUGUUUUGUCUGCUUUUAA